UACUAGUAACAAAAUGGACAAUUCUUAUUGGAUAUUGUAUUCGUUGUUGUUAAUAAAUAUAUUGUGUAUGCUUAGAGUUUGUUUUUGUGAGAGUGUUCAACUGAGAUUGAAGCAAGGUGAACUUUCGGGAGUUGUGGAAAAAUCGUUUUUAAGUGAACAAAAUUAUUAUGCUUUUAGAGGAAUUCCUUUUGCAGAACCUCCAGUUGGCAGUCUAAGAUUUAAGCCUCCUGUACCUAAUCAUGAAUGGGAAGGUACUUACGAAGCUCACCAUAAUAAACCAACAUGCGUUCAGUAUAGUGUCAGAAACAGAAAUGAUGAACCUUUGGGAAUAUCCGGAUCAGAAGAUUGCCUUUACCUUAGCGUAUUCACUCCAAAUUUAGAUGGUUCUUCACCAGUAAUUGUGUUUGAUUACAACGACCACUUUAAAACUGGGUUUAAUGGAUCACAUACAUAUUCGCCAGAAUUUUUCAUUCAAGAAGACGUUAUUGUCGUCUAUAUAAGCCAUCGCCUUGGAGUUUUUGGAUACCUAACAACUGAAGAUGAAGUGAUUCCUCCGAACGCAGGCCUGAAAGAUUUUAUUUUAGGUUUAAAAUGGGUUCAGGAAAACAUUAAAGAUUUUGGUGGCGAUCCAAAGCGCGUAACAUUAAUGGGAAACAAUGGUGGUGCUGUGAUAGCAAACUUAUUGCUUUAUUCUAAACAAGCGAAAGAUCUCUUCACCGCAAUAAUCAUUCAUAGUGGAAGUGCAAUGGAAUCCACACUUUUCUAUUCAAAUCCAAGGUCCAAGUCAUUCAGGCUUGGUGAAUUACUGAACAUAGAAACAACUGACAGUAGUGAAUUAUUGGAAAAUUUGCAAAGACUUGAUAAAGAUGUUUUAGUUAGUGAACAGGAUAUGGUUAUAGACGAUGACUUAAUGGACAACUAUCAAAUGAGCAUCCAUCCAUUUUCACCGACAAUUGAAAAAGAUAGUGCAGAUGCAAUACUGACCUCUUUACCUGAGAAGCUAAAUAUUAUUAAUGACGUCCCGGUUAUGAUAGGAUUUAAUUCUAGAGAGGGCCUAGAUUUCGCCUCACAUUACAUAAUUGAACCAAGAAUGAUAAACAAUAAUCCAAAUUACUUCUUCGUCUUUCCAGUUAGAGUCGAUUUUCGUUUUGAUCGCAAUAGUUCAAUAUACGAAAAGGCUUUGGAAGAAAUUAAAUACUAUUAUAUGAAGGAUGGAUACCUCCAUCACAAAAACAUAUUAGAAUAUACGGUCUACGUUGGAGAUGUUCUGAAGAUCUAUGCUGCGCAUGUUGCAGCCAAAACUUUAGCUAGAGGCCUUCAAUCUAAUGUUUACUACUACAAGUUUGACUUCAGAGGAUUAUUAAAUGAAAAUAGCAACUAUUUAUCUAAAAUCGCUAGAUUUGGCAUAGGACAUUGGGGUGCCACGGUAACCGACGAACUUUGUUACCUUUACUUGUGUUCACGAAUUAAGAAAACGUAUAAGGAAUUAAAUGAAUUGCCGAGUCAGCAGCCUGAGUAUAAGGUUUUGAACAAAAUGGUAAUAUUGUGGACUAACUUUGCUAAAACUAGGAACCCUACUCAACCCGGCGAAGAUGAAAUACUCAAAAAUUUUAAAUGGCUGCCUAUUAAUAAAGAUGCUGAUGAAAUGAAUUAUCUACACAUAACGAAACAACUUAAAAUGAAACUCAAUCCUUUAGAUGAUAGAGCUGAGUUUUGGCUAACAUUUCUGGAUAAAUAUUCUAAAUUGGCGGUUAAUGGCUUAGUACAAGAAAACUUAAGCCAUGAUGAGUUAUAAUCUUGUUUUAAUAU